ACAGAUUGUGCCGAGGUUACUCCGAGCACUCCCCAUACCAUCUACUGGCGGGGAUGUGAGCGACGCGUAAAACAAAAACAAAACCGCAGACGGUCGGAGAGGUUUCUUGCGUAUCCUCGUAUCUUGAGGAAUGUAUGACGUACGUCAGCUGGUUUAAUUUUCCGCCACUUUGCUUGUUUUUACCGGACUAAUGCGCUACUUCUACAUCAGCAGUAGACGAAAAACCUCUGCUAACCGGAUUUUAUCUCACACAAGGAGAAAUCAGGCGGUUUUUUUUUAUUUGACCAAGAUUCCCAUGUCGUGAAUUAGUCCAUCCUCAUAUUCUGUAUCUUGUGUAGUACUUGUACCUGGGUAUUUUCCCAAACAAGGAACAUUCACUAUUUCAUCAGCUCUUUGGAAACAGAAUUAUCGCCAAUUUGACAGAGAGGAGCAAUUAAAAUAUUUGGACCUGAUGCCGAUAUACCGAGAUGAUAAUGUCUUUGCAUUCAACAGGUGGGAUGUUUAAUUUUGUGUGAAAAGAGACGAAUGUAAUAACCAACCGAUUCUUCCAGAUUGGUCAAGACCCGAAAGAUAUAUCCUUUGAGCUGCAUCAUAAGAUACGAUUAAAAUAAUAAAAGAAAUUAAAUGGUUGAGAAAAAGACCAAGCAAGUGCUUAUCUCUAGAAUGGAGAGCAGCCAUUUGGAGGCUCCAUUGUCGUACUACCAGCUGAGGAAGAGAGCCGCCACCUGGCUCCGAUGUGGAACCUUAUCCUCCCUCAUUCUCACCUUAGCAGGUGUAGCCAUGAUCAUCUUGGGGAUUCAGGGCACCCCUGCAUCUUACAACAUCAAAUGGAUCGGCAUCGCGGCAUCCGCCUCCGGGGGCAGCCUACUCCUCUUACUGCUACUGAUAUCGCUCAUCAUGGCCAGCUUCUGUCCCCAGGACGGUAAUGGGGGCAUACAGGUGCAGGGUAUUGCCCCUCCUUGCACCCCAUCUCAUCACCAUAUGCACUCCCACCAGCACGCUCUUCCAUCGGGUUCGGGGGCACUCACACCCACCUCUAGACACCCUCCUAUGGAUGGUAUGCAGUGGAUGGUCUAUUAUCACCCCUCUAAGCAUCAGCAGUUGGAACACUCUAUUUUAUACCCAAUACCAGGAUUUCAUCCUGGGAUGGGUGCUUCAGUUAGUGGUUCGAACGGAAUACAGAAUGGUGGUCAGUGGGCAUGGCGUGCUCACCAAACGACCAUUCAGCCUCCACCACAGUACUCCUCACUCUAUCCUGAUCCGAAUGGGAACUGCAUUCGCCCUACAACGAGCUCAAACUGCAGUGCAAACCCCAACAACGCAGCAAGCACGACAGCGGGAUCCGGGCGAGCAGGUUCGGCGGCAACCACACCAACAGGUACUGUCACCUCAACGCCUCCUUCAGAACAACGUACUCUGCAGCGCCCUCAGCGGUUAAACCCACCUCUCCUUUUACGCUGUUCUCCAUCUUCAGAUCGACACGUCCAUCACCAUCAUCACACUCACUAUCGACAGAGCACACACUGUCCAUCACCUUCACCUUCAGGUCAGUCGUGUAGGACACCAACGCCGGUAGAGCAUCGACCAGCUUUGACUUCACCCGGACAAUCAUUGACUGGCCAACAAACAGUGCGGUCUCCGACUACGCCACAGAACCCGCCAUCUCGUAGAGCAUCACCGCAAGAUAACCACGCCUGUCGAGAGCAUCAGGUAUCAUCACCAUCAUCACAGCAGGUCCAUCUAUUUCACCACCAGCAUCCUUUGCAUCUUCCUCUUAAGCAAAGCCCGCUGACUGGUCCAAGCACACUUCCGUCAUCCUCAAGAAGAUCCUACCAUUCCUCUUUACCAUCUACACCUUUACUAGAAAGUGUGGAUGAAUCCAGGAAUACAAGUGAUUGUGUGUGAUGCUUCUUGGACAUGAAUCAUGAAUGUGUUAAAAGGGGGGAGUUUUAGAACCAACAAUGUCAAUUAUUAAAUAUGAAAUUGAAUAUAUUAAAAUUGUCGAAAGUAUCUAUCAGAAUAAAGUAAAGUAAAAUGAAAGAAAAUUAGUUAUGUUGGUUGAAAUCAGAAGGCUUCAUCCAGAUAUGAGUUUAAAAAUAACAUUUUAGAUAACAAUUUAUUUCAAAAGACAAUAAUACAGAGAAGUUAUCGUUGAUACAACCAUCUCACUUUUUGGCUGCAUGACUAUAUUUCUUGAAUUUAACAAUGUUUCUAUUGACCAUUUCUUUUUCUUAAAACUCAUUUCGAAACGGAAGGGCAAUCUUUAAUAAGUUCGACUGGAUGUCGAACUCUAUGGUAUGCCGUGUUUCAAUGGAAGUGUUUAUUUUUCCAGUACACUAAGCAUUACGAGAUUUCCCCUUUUCAUACUUUUCCUAAUAUUGCAUGCGAGUACAUAUACAUGAUGUAAGUGUGUGCAUAUGAGCGUGUGUAAAUAUAAAUAUUUAAAAUCAUUUUCUUUUAUUUUAUCAUUCAGGCAACAAGCUGUGAUAUUAACAUACCUUUCUAAACCAUAGGUGUAGAGAUUUUAUCUGUUAUUUUAUUUUCCACCAAACUCAUUUUCAUUCUUAUUUCAGGAAUCUAAACAACCCCUCUCCAGUCCCCAGCGCCCCCCCCCCAAAGGAGCAAAAUCUAAUCAUUAUUUUUUCUUAGAAAUAUAGAUUUCUUAGUUUUGUAAUCAGAGAUAUAUUGCAUUAAGUCGGUUGAUGAGAUUAUUAUGACAUAUUGAACGAUGUGCACACGCCCAAGGGUAACAUAAGUUUUCCUUUAGCAUGCCUAGUUUUUAAGUGGGUCCAUGGAGACAUAUACACCAUGCCUGUUCAUUGUAGACAUUUUUGCACAAUGGAUACAUAUUAUGUACAAAACAUUUAAAUGCGAGUUAUUUUAUGAGAUAUAUUCGUCAUAUUAUUUAUGGAAUCAUGAGAAUGAAGUGCAUGUUAAUUGAUUAUAAAAACAUUAUUAAGCAAUUACAGGUAUGACGUGUCUAUUGUGUUUCAACAAUUAAGAAUUUAAGAAGACAAUCUCUCUGUUCCAUGUUUUAGUUCCGCCCAGGGGCCAGUAACACAAAACUUAGCAAUAAUCGUAGAACAUUUUUCUACGAUUGAUUCCAUUGACUAUAAUGUACAAUCAAUCGUACGAUCAAUCGUUAACCUUUGUGUUACGGAACC